AUGAGCGCCGGCCACACUUAUAAACUCGACGGAGCUGGGCGUCUGCACCAGCGAGUUGCCAUCGUUACUGGUUCAUCAUCUGGGUUGGGCCGUGCAAUUGCGUUGGCACUAGCUCGCGAAGGUGCCUAUGUGAUUUGCUCAGAUCGUGUUGCUGAAGCACGUCAGGAUGGAUUCGAAGAAGAUAAACACAUCCCCACGCACGAAGUUAUCAGCAAUAACGGAGGCAAGGCAUACUUUCAAAAAUGUGACUUGAUGAACGUGGCCGAAAUUGUGGCCCUUAUCGAGUUUGCAGUCAAGGUAAGCGCAAUCGCUGUCAUGGCGCUGGGUGGUCAAACUAACAAUCAAUGCCAGAAGUUCAACAAACUGGACAUUCUCGUUAACAAUGCUGGCUUGUGGAUGCCUUUGCGUGAUUUCGUAGAGGAAACCGAGGAGCAGUGGGACGCCAUGUUCGCUAUCAACGCCAAAGGGACAGCCACGGCAAUGCGCGAGGCCAUCAAGCAAUUUCUCAAGCAACCUAUCGAUGAAGACUCUGGGUCUAGAGGUCGGAUCGUCAACAUCUCCUCAUGCGCCGGCGGCCGCACAGCCAUCCGUCGAGAGGCUACCUAUGCUGCGAGUAAAGCAGCUGUAGCAAUGUUGACUCAGAAUGUCGCCCUCGACCACGCUAAAGAUUGUAUCAACGUCAACGGGGUGUGUCCCGGUGUCGUUCGAAGUGGUGCUGCUAGCAUCAAUUUCCGAACGCCCGCCAUCAUAACUGAGAUGCGGAAGAGCACGCCUUGGCCAAGACUGGGGGAGCCAUUAGAUAUUGCCAAAGCAGUCGUCUUCUUUUGCAGUGAUGACGCCCAGUGGAUCACAGGUCAGAACAUGGCCGUCGACGGUGGCUUCACCAUCGGCAUACCAUUGUAG